AACUGCUGCUCCAGCACCGGAGUGCAACAACGGGUGCAGGAAAGUUUGCACCACUGCACUUCAGGCAACGGAGCCCAUCCUCAGCCCAGAGCUGAGCACCGUGUGUGGACACUGUGUGUGUGUGUGUGUGCGCAGUGUGCAAAUGCAUGCACAAGUACGUUGGAUGCACCCAAAACUCAGGACUGGCACCUGCACCCCCUCCACCCCCCUCUGCCCCAUUUCCUUGGGGCUUCACUUGCACUUUGGAGUUGGCUGCUCCCCCGGCGCUUGGAACACUAGGAUGGGGGUUUGCUGGGGAAUAGCUGACAGCACACUGGAAAUAAAGGUCCCAGUGGGAUCAGGCCGUGUCCCUGCACUGCUGGGGGGUCCCAGGGAUGUGGGUGAGGGCUGCGUGUGGCUCUCAGGGUGUGCAAAGUGGGAGGAGGUGCUGCCUUUGGGCAUGACUCAUGCAGCGUGCGCUGCUCGGGGUUUAUUUUGCUCUCCAUCUCUUCUCACCCCUCCGAAACCUCUCUCUCCUGUUUCCUUAUCUGGGUGCUUUAUGGCUCCGGGCCUGUUCUUCAUCUUCCUGCCACCUUAUCUUUAUGGCUUUGCUGUUCUUCCUCUCCUUGCAGCUCUGGCAUCCGAACGAAACUGCGGUGAUGCUCUGCAGGACUGCAGCCUUAACCCCUCCCGCUCUGCUCCCAAUGGGGCAACCAAACAUUGGGGGGCACAGUCCCAAAUUGGGGGGCAGGGUGACCUUGGCACUUCCCAUCCCCAUCUCUUUCCCAACCCUUUUUAUUCCCUGGGUUGAUGGAAGCUGAUCCCCUUCUCUCUUCUCCAUCCCACCCAGGGGCACCUCCCCAUCCCCACAGGGUCCCACCCGUGUCCCCCCCAUUCCCCGUGGGCCACCAGCCCUACUUACACCCCAUGAACGCCCUUCAGCAGGAAGAGAAGUGGUGCCAAUGGCCUUUGGAUGGGAAGGAAGGCUCCAGCCCCCCAGGCAUCAGUACUGGAAUUAAUGGAAAGUCCUCAUGGGUAAACAACCCAAGGACUUCCCAGUGGAGCGCAGCCAAGGAUGGGAUUAUCCUGGAUUAAGCACCAGCCCCUCCGGCACCGGGUCUGGCUCUCACCACAGCCCUACCCUGUGGGAUCUGUAUGGGAUCUGUAUGGGAACCCCAACCUGGGGGGUGCACAGAAGGGUUGGGAUCCCACCUUGGUCAUCACCCCAUUCCCCUCGCUCUGCCUGGUCCUGGUUCCUGGGCUGACGAUGGGAUUUUAUCUCCACCAACCCCAGGAUUUGUCCUGGAUGGGGCUGUGCAAAGCCAUGGGGAUGGGCUGCCCACCCUUGGGGACACCCAUGGGCACCUCAUCCCAAUCAGUGGUCAUUGGGGCCGGGCUGGAAAGCAGCACACAGCACUGGGAGACAGCAGCUGGUGCUGGGGACCAGCAGGGGACACACAGUGACACCUCCAUGCUGCAGAGCCCAGGGCAGCAGGAGAUGCACAUCAUCACAUUCCAUGCAUACAUUGCAGCCCUCGGUGCUGCCAGGACCCAAACUGGGGAUUUUGGAGCCGGCGCUGAAUUAAUUCAGUGGGAUGGAGCAUCCUGUAAGAGGUGUCUUAAAAUCAAGAUGCUUCCCUUGGAAUGGAGGAACAACACUGAAGUGGUGGUGGGAGGGGAUCCCAGGGGUCUCUUAUCCAAACCCUGCACUGAGCUCCACUGCAAAGGGGCUGAGACAUUUUGGAGACCCCCCCGAGCAACACCAAAAGGGUUUUGCAGCACAAAGAAGAAGGAAACCAGGACUGCAUGGAGCAGAGGCUCAGCACGGGUGUACAUUUGGGAACACACAACCAUCACUCGGUUCCUUUGCUGUCCACCCAUCCCGCAGCCCAAACCUUUUCCCAUCCCCUCCCCACCCCCAACUCCUCCAGAAGUUUCCCUGCUUUCUCCUGCAAUUUCAGCCCCGUUUUCUCCGGUUCUGCUGGAGAUCUGAGAGCACUCAGGUGAAUCCUGACGGGCCACGCUCCACUGCCUCCAUCCCUGCACGACGUGAGGAUGGAGCUGAUCGCUGCGGGUGGGAUGCUGCCCUGCAGCUGUCUGAAACACGAAGCAAAUCCCUUCCUCCCCAGUGCACACUCACUCCUGGACAGGGUUUGUAUGCCAAGCAGUGUGGGGAGAUUAUUCAUCCACCUCCUCCCCGUGCUCGUGCCCUUCCCUUGGUGCAUCAGCGUUCCCCAGGCAUUUUAAUGGGGGAAGAUGCUCUGAGCUCCAUCCUCAUCCCCAAAAUGGGAUGGAGAGAUGCUCUGCCCCAUGCCGAGGGGCAUAAUGGGAGAGUAUGGGGUGUACUGGUGGGGUGUAUAGGGUGCCCUGGGGACUCAGGUCGCAGCCAACCAAUGUAUUGGGUCUUUGGGACACUCUGGAGUUGCUCCCACACGUGCAGCCCUGGGGGACCAGGAGGAUUUGGAUCGGGUCCAUCCGCUCCGUGCUCCCCCAGGUGCUCCAGGGCUGAUCCCUGCUAAUCCCACAUUGGCCCAGUGCCCUGGCUCAGCACCUUCCCACCACCCCAUCCCCUCCAAUUGCCUUCAUAAGGGGCAGAACAGAGCCUGGGCUCAUCCUGGAGCUGCGGUCACCACCUGAGCUCUGUGGGGAUGAUGAAGCUCUACACAGUGCUGCUGCUGGCUGGGUUGGCCUGCUGCCUGGCUGUGGGCUGUGAGUAGAGCAGGAUCCCAAUGGGGCAGGAUGUCCCUUAGGGGACGUCUGUCUCACCAGUGGGGUGGGCUGUCCCCACGCCCAAACCCCCCAGCCUGGGGUUGGUCACACUGUGUCUUUUCCAUUUGCAGUGCCCAUCAAUGAGACGCCGACCGUGGGGCAAGGUAAGUGGGGGUCCUGUGUGGGGAUCAGUGGGGCUGGGGGCUGAGAUUUCACUAGGAACUCUCUGAGCAUCCCAGUCGUACAGAGAACUCUCCUGGGGUUUCUCCUGUGCUCUGUAGGUGGGUGAGCGAUGCUCCUUCAUCCCUCCCUGCCCUCCCAAGCGUGGGAUCUGAGCUCCCUGCAGCACGAAGCAGCUCUGGGGAUGGGGUGGGAGGUGGUCCGUGCAGGCACAGCUCACGGAGGGGGCAGCUCCCAGACCCUCAUUUCUCCCCACAGAUGUGAAGGUGAGCAGCAGAGCUGCCGAAGGAGCGCUGGUGGAUUUGGCAGACGUGGUGGAAAGCCUCCUGCGCUCCCUGGGGGACACCUUGGCUGGGGCGGUCAGACUGCUGAUAGGGGGAAAAGCGAAAUAGCGAGCAGCCGGCGUGGUGAGCGCUGCCCUCCCCUGCAGGGGACGUGGUGACAUGGGGACACCGUGCUCUGCCCAUGGGUUCUGCUUCAUUCCAAGGUGCCACCAAUGCCACCUGCUCACCCUGUGGCUUUUCCCGUGUGAACAAGGCUCCAGACAAAGCUUCCAAUAAAGCA